CAUAUAACCCUAAAUCUAUCUCUCACACACACAGAGGUAGGUAGAGAGGAGAUCAGAAGCGAGAUUCAACCAUGGCUUGUUCAUCUGCUUCACCUGCUCUUCUUUCUUCUCCAACCGCUAGAAACUCCUCUUACAUUUCCCCCAAAUCCACUCUCUCCCAGGCCCUAAGUUUUUCUGGUUCUUCCUCCAUCAACUUCAGAUCCAAAUCCAUCCACUCCGCCCUCCCCAUUCGCUCUUCUACCACCCGUCGCAACCGAUUCGUUGUCAAGGCUGGACUACCAUUAGUUGGAAAUAAGGCACCAGACUUCGAAGCAGAAGCCGUUUUUGAUCAAGAGUUCAUCAAUGUUAAGCUCUCUGAUUAUAUUGGGAAGAAAUAUGUGGUACUCUUCUUCUACCCUCUGGACUUCACAUUUGUUUGUCCAACUGAGAUCACUGCUUUUAGCGACCGGUAUGCUGAAUUCGAGAAGUUAAACACAGAAGUAUUGGGUGUUUCCGUAGACAGCGUGUUCUCCCAUCUUGCUUGGGUUCAAACAGAUAGAAAGUCUGGAGGUCUUGGUGAUUUGAACUAUCCGUUGAUUUCUGACGUCACAAAAUCAAUUUCAGAAUCUUUUAAUGUGUUGAUCAAAGACCAGGGGAUAGCAUUGAGAGGGCUGUUCAUAAUAGACAAGGAAGGGGUAAUUCAACACUCGACGAUUAACAAUCUAGCAAUCGGAAGAAGCGUAGAUGAAACAAUGAGAACACUUCAGGCAUUGCAAUUUGUACAAGAGAACCCAGAUGAAGUAUGCCCAGCAGGAUGGAAGCCAGGGGAGAAGUCAAUGAAGCCAGAUCCUAAACUCAGCAAGGAAUACUUUGCAGCAGUAUAAGCUGUAAUUGGUUGGAUUAUUAUGAGAGAGAGAGUGUGUUUUCUUUUUCGGCUACUCGAUGCAUCUUUUCAAGUAUAAUCAACCCCCAAUGCUUAUUAUGUUUUGCAUAAUGCUGUUCUA